UAUUAGUAUUUACUUUGUUAAUGUAUACUAAAGUAAUUUGUUUUAUUAACUGUUGAACAACUGUAGUAAAUACUAUAGUAAACUUUAAUAUGUACUAUAUAGUAAGGUUCAAAAACACUAUGGUAUGUAGGGAUUUAACAUAAUAAAUGCUUAAGUGUACAACAGUAUUAUUUCAUGUACUCAGGAAACACAAUAACCAGUUCCCUUAAAAAGUUUACUAAAGUCACUUCUUGGAUUCAAUAUUAUAUAACUGUAGGCCUACAACAAACGACACAGCAUCUAGUUGUUAAAAAAACAACGGCACCCAUAGAUUUAGUUAAGGCUGUUCCCAUAGCACGCUUCAGCACACCGAACCGUCACGUCUCCUUUCACAGUGGGAUCAACUGAUCAGUGUCUGCGGUCACCAGGAAAAGGGAUAUAAAAUUACUUUAAUGUCAACCUCUUCACCAGAGGGUGACACUUUCAGCGCCUUUGCUACGUCAUAUCAAAGCAACUCAGAGGGUCGUCGUCUCCAGUUCUGACAGCAACAGGGUGGCGUGAUCAAGGCUUAAGAUCAGAUGAUAUAACCAAAAACCUUUUCCUCUUCAAUUCAGAUUUUGUGUAGAAACACACUUCUUGCAUGCACAAAACGUUAUACAUUUUUUGCUUUGAGUAAAAAUAACAGGUCACUUAACACAUCUUAAACUUGUGUGACAACAUGCCCCAAUGGCUGGUGCAUACUGUGAGGGGUAAAAUACCAUUAAAUAGCAUAAAUGUGCUGUUGAACUGUGAAAUGCACAUGUAAACAUUUUUGUUUUGGAUAACAGAUAGUGUUUAUAUAAUAACAAUAUUUAAUUAAACUAUAAAGUUACAUCAUUUGCUGAUAUAAAUGUGACAGCCUGCACCGACAUUAAUAUCAAAAACCCUUGUCAUAAGGUUUUACAACAUAUAUCAUGAUUAAAAUGUGGUAACUGUAUUGAGAUCAUAAAUUCUUGGUUGCCAUGGAUGUAAAAAAAAAAUACAUUAAAAAAUAAAACUAUAGUUAGGCCUACUAUACUAUAAUGAUGAAUUUUGUAUUUGACUUAGACGUUGCAGAUACUAAGAUAAAGCCCCUUUGACAACAUACAGUGUUUUACAGGUGCAUGCAUAAUAUAUAUAUAUAUAUAAACAUUAUGUUUGUAUAGAUUUGUAAAGGCUAAAGACAAACGCUAGCUAGUUACUCAAAAGCCCGCUUGUGGUCAUAGUGGGCGGAGCUGGAGGCGUGGCCUCCGUACAGUGCAGCGUUAAAACCACGUGUUGCUGCGGAAAGCGUAGAGUUCACCAAAACUACGAGGGUGUUGUGUGGGAUCGCCAAAUAACAGAUUUUACAGGACUAUGCCAUCCUACGCGCUAAAUCAGUUUAUUGACCUGGAUGACGUCUUGUGCAAGCACCUUUUAAGUCUUGAUCUCCGAGAGCCAGCUAAGAUCUCCCCACAUGCAGCUGCUGUCGGAUACAGAAAGCCCGAAAGUCCCUGCACGCUUUCAUCCGGUUCUGGACUUUCUUUGGACAGCAUGGAUAGCGGAUCCAUAAACUCCGGCUACUGGGGCUCCCAGAAAAUCUCAUCGCAGUCAAAGUGGAGCAAGGUUCCCUUUUGGUCCGAGCGCUCGGUUAGCAUGGUGGAGGGGAACACUGGAAGUCUGGGUUGGUCCUCCGCUGAUCCCAAUCAGUUCAAACAGCCAUUGGCUACGUCAGGUGCAGCCUCUCUGUCCAGCUCCACUUCAUCAAUCUCAGUCACCUCAUCCCGCUACAAGACAGAACUGUGCCGCACGUUUGCCGAAAGGGGUGUGUGCAAAUACGGUAGCAAAUGUCAAUUUGCCCACGGGCACGAAGAACUGCGAGACCUCAGCCGGCACCCUAAAUAUAAGACGGAGCCCUGCCGCACUUUCCACUCCAUCGGCUUCUGUCCCUACGGCAUUCGGUGCCAUUUUGUUCACAAUGCCGAGGACGACGACGCACACGCCCGCUCCCAGACUUCCAAUCCAACAGUCCAGCGGCCUCCGCUCCUCAAACAAAGCUUCAGCUUCUCUGGGUUUCCCACAACUUCCCCACCCCUUGAUGCCCCGCUCACCUCCGCCUCCUUUCUCCGAGCACCUUCUGUUUCCACUCCGACGUCCACCACCAUCUCCGACCUCCUCUCCUUGGCCUUCCCAGAUGUAGACCCCAACACCCUUCUAGACCAGGCCAGGGAACUCAACCCUCAGUUUUUGCCCUCUCCUGACUCCGGGUGCUCCCUCUCUGGACUGUCUCCCACCCAGCUGCUUUCAUCACAGCCCGAAGGCUGCUCGAGGCAGAGCCCGACCGGCGACGCACCUCUAGGACUCCGGAGUCUUUCUCACACUUCGCUCUCGGACCACGAGGGCGGCAGCUGCAGUUCGUCCAGCAGCAUGAGUGGCUCAGAGUCCUCCUUCGGACAUGACGGCAACGGGCGCAGGCUCCCCAUCUUCAGCCAGCUGUCGGUGCCUGAUGAUGUCAUCUACAGUGAGGGUAGCAACUCCAGCACGAGCUUCUUCCUCUAAAUUCCCUCAAACCCUAAAGGGACUGAACUGUAUACUGUGUUAUACCUACUGUAUUAUAUGACCAAUACUUGACAUUUUAGUUAAGCUCAGAGUGUGAAUUGUACUGUUUGAAAGUAUUUUGCAGUUAUACUUUAAGUGGGUGGGUUUGUACCCUUUUAAGCACAGAGAUUGCCUGGUUUGUUUUUGAUGACCGCUGCGGAGUGGUGGGAAAUUCGUUUAAGUUUGUAACAGAAAUUUUUGAAAACAUUGGAAGGCUUCUGAACUGUUAUGACUUUUAAAGAUGCAUUUAGCAAUCAACUAUUUACAAAAAGAUUUAUUGUACCAAAUAGCCAAAGAGAGGUUGUUAGACUUUCUUUUUAGAGUUUUUUUUAUAUUUUUAUUUACUGUACUCUAAUGCAGAGACCAAACUUUUUCACUGCCUUUGACUGUUUCUAAACCCUGCCGAAGUUAGAAUAUAUCUAUAUUUUUAUUAGUGACGUUAGUCGGCAAUAUCUUCAAGUUCCUGCUCUUUUUCUACGUUUGUUUGUUUGAUUUGCCUUACGUUUCAGAAGACGUUUUAAGCAGACCUUCACAAGUGCACAGUUUGAGCUUUAUUUGGAGUCCGUUGCCUUCUGAUAAUGUUGCAUAGUUUUUGAUGGGUAGUUGGUUGAGUUUAGACAAAUCCAAUUAUUACUAAAUGUGACAUUAGUGACCACCUUAGUUAUUUUUAUAGCUGGUUCUGAUGGGUCCCUUUUGCAUCCAGUUGUCUGAGAUGCCCCUGUUGGCUUUGUUACAUGAUGAGUUUCAAGUCACUUAAUUUCUUUUUUUUAUUUAUUUUAUUGUAUUUAUAGAAAGCGUGUUUUUUGAUAACGUUUGUAUUAAGUUUAAUAUAUUGUUUUUUCUCCUUGCUGCCCUCAUUUUGUACUGAAAAUAAACCCUGUUGAUAAACA